AUGACCGAGAUAUGCAAGAAAGCACAAUCGCAACUCAAAUAUAAACCUGGAGAGCGUGAGUUGUUUUCGUACCGUAAAUUUGCUGUGGAAAGGUUACGGUCAGAUUAUGACGAAAUAAUCAAAGUGGCAAAUUGUAUUGUGGAUGAAGUGAAAGAAUAUGAAACUUUAUUACUCUUCAUUGAUAAAAUUAAAGUAUUGGAUUCUGAAGAACCAUUGAAAACACAGAUGAAUAUUGGUAAAAAUAUCUUUUGUGAAGCUGUGAUUGAUAAAUGGGAUCGCGUGAUCGUGAAAUUAUUCGAUGAUGUCUACGCCGAAUUAACUUUGAGACGGGCUGAAGAUUUUAUUACGAAGAAAAUUGAGCUUCUAAAUGAACGUGCUGCCUUCUAUGAACGAGAAGCGCAUUCGAUACGUGCCAGAAUGCACCUAAUACUCUCUUCUGUGAAGCAGCUCGAAAGCUUGUGA